CAAAGAUCAAAUGAAUCUUUUACUGUUAAGUUUCAAAGUGUUCAUAUGUGAGAGGAGGUGUGGCAGGGGGAGGGCAGAUAUCAUGUGUGCACUAUAAGAGUACAAAUCCACGAGGAGCUGGACUGGAUGAAAAGUUUACCUCCCAGGACAUCUUGUGAAAUACUGAACUUUAGCAGCAAACCACACAACAGGAACAACAGCAGCCAUGAAGUUUCAAGCUCUUUUCUUCCUUCUGAUCCUCGCCUGCAUGUAUCUGAGUCUGGCACAAGGCUCCUAUGGCAACUGCUGCCUUGGCUAUGUCCGAGGGUUGAAAGCAAAUGCAAAGAGAAACACAGAGAGUUACAGGAUGCAGGAAACAGAUGGUGACUGCAACAUCAGAGCUGUUGUGUUUACAAUGAAGAAGAGAUCCAGUCAUAAAAAACAGCGGACUGUCUGUGCCAAUCCAGAAGAGACAUGGGUCCAGGAUCUGAUUGAGUUAGUGAAGCAGAAAAUGCAGAAUUAGACUACCAAAAGAUCAGAAGAAUGGGAGAGAGGAGAGCGGCUGUUUGAUCUCCCCAUAUGCCAUCAUAUAUCACCUUUAACCAGAUGGAUCAGAUUACCUUUUGGUCAAUUAGGUAUUUCCUGUGUCUGACAGAGGAUGUAAAUCAUAUACACAGUUCACUACAACAUUAACAUACCAUAUCUUCCAUGUUAUUGCCAGUAUAGAAAAAAAAACAUUUAUAUGAGCCUAUGAUACUAGUCACUGCUCUGUGAUGUUUAGAGCCUGCUAGGAAUGAGCCACUAUUUGGCAGCUUUGAAAUGUAAUUGCAGUGUGUGUGUUUCUGUGUGUGUGUUUCUGUGUGUGUGUGUGUGUGUGUGUGUGUGUGUGUGUGUGUGUGUGUGUGUGUGUGUGUGUGUGUAUGUGUGUGUGUGUGUGUGUGUGUGUGUGUGUGUGUGUGUGUGUGUGUGUGUGUGUGUGUGUGUGUGUGUGUGCGUGCGUGCGUGCGUGCGUGCUUGUGUACACAUGUAAUGUAUACCACUUUGGGAAAAAGAGUUUUUUGUAUAAUAGAUUUAUAUGUUUUUGUAUCACUCUGAUUGUACCUGUACUGUGUCUUUCUGUAUCAAAUAAAGAAGCAACACAA